AGUCUUUUAGGAUGGGCCUAAUGCUUGGCCCUUUAUACCAUUGAAAAGCCCAUUCCAACCAAAUUAGUAUUUGGUUUCCAACAGGCCUUGACUUGGGUCAGGCCCAUGAAACUCGGCUCUGCUUCAACCUUUCUUGAACCAUUCUUUCAUUCUUUCUUUUCUUCUUCUUUUUUUUUUUUUAAUCCUCUUUUAUGAACAAUUUCAUUUGGACGGUGGUGAUUGAAACAAUGGAUACGCAGGUGGUGAUCAAUAAUGGCAUACUCCAAGUAACAUUGUCAAAGCCGGACGGGAUUGUCACUGGCAUACGAUACAACGGCAUUGAUAAUUUGCUAGAAGUUCGUAAUGAAGAAUUUAAUAGGGGUUAUUGGGAUGUCUACUGGAAUGAGCCUGGAGGUCCAGGGAUCUUUGAUGUGAUAAGAGGGACUAGUUUUGAGGUGAUACUAGAAGAUGAAAACCAGGUGGAAGUCUCCUUUACAAGGACAUGGGAUCCAUCUCUCAAAGGGACCCUUAUUCCCCUUAACAUUGACAAAAGGUUUAUAGUGCUUCGCGGGUCCUCCGGAUUCUACUCAUACGCCAUUUAUGAGCACUUACAAGGGUGGCCUGAUUUCAGUCUCGCUGAAACUCGGAUAGCUUUCAAGCUUCGAAAGGACAAGUUUCACUACAUGGCCAUAUCAGAUGAUAGACAGAGAAUCAUGCCAAUGCCAGAUGAUCGUGAUCCCCCACGUGGCCAGCCGUUAGCAUUCAAAGAAGCCGUUCGUUUGAUAAAUCCAAUCAAUCCAGACCUUCAAGGAGAGGUGGAUGACAAGUAUCAGUACUCGUGUGAGAACAAGGACAUCAAGGUCCACGGUUGGAUAUGCUCCGAUCCUCCUGUGGGAUUCUGGAACAUCACCCCAAGUGAUGAGUUCAGAACUGGUGGGCCUCUAAAGCAGAACCUGACCUCCCAUGUGGGCCCCACCACCCUAUCCGUGUUUCUGAGCGGGCACUAUGCAGGGGAAGAUCUGACACCGAAAUUCACCAACGGAGAGCCAUGGAAGAAAGUGUUCGGCCCGCUUUUUAUAUACGUUAACUCGGGGUUCGACGGAACCGAUCCACUUGCACUCUGGGAGGAUGCAAAAUUACAGAUGCUGAUAGAAGUUGAAAGCUGGCCUUACACUUUCCCAAUUUCAGAUGAUUUCCCAAACUCCGACCAACGGGGCUCCAUCAGUGGUAGAUUACUGGUCAUGGAUCGGUUCCUUAGCGAAGAUAAUAUAUCUGCGGACUGUGCUUAUGUGGGCCUUGCUUUGCCUGGAGACGUAGGAUCAUGGCAAAGAGAAUGCAAGGGCUACCAGUUUUGGAGUAGAGCUGACUCAGGUGGGUUUUUCUCCAUCAACGACAUCCGGACCGGAGACUAUAAUCUCUAUGCAUGGGUGCCAGGUUUUAUAGGAGAUUACAGAAACGAUGGGAUCAUUACCAUCACCGAAGGAUGUGAUAUUGACCUGGGUGAUCUGAUAUAUGAACCACCUAGAGAUGGUCCCACAUUGUGGGAGAUCGGCGUCCCUGAUCGUUCUGCUGCUGAGUUCUUCGUUCCCGAUCCUAAUCCUAUGUAUGUUAACAAACUCUACAUUAAUCAUCCUGACAAGUUUAGGCAGUAUGGCUUGUGGGAGAGGUAUGCUGAUUUAUAUCCCAACGAAGAUCUUGUUUACACCGUCGAUGUUAGUGAUUAUCAAAAAGAUUGGUUCUAUGCACAGGUCACUAGGAAGAAAGAUGAUAAAUCAUACCAACCAACCACAUGGCAGAUAAAAUUCACACUUGAUGCUGUCAUCCAAAGUGGGACCUAUAAAAUGCGAUUGGCGAUUGCAUCAGCUACAGUAUCUGAAUUGCAAGUUCGAUUCAAUGACCCAAAAGCCAAUCGCCCUCACUUUACAACUGGACUAAUUGGCAGGGACAACUCGAUUGCCAGACAUGGGAUUCAUGGGCUCUACUGGCUGUUCAACAUCAACGUACCAAGCACCUUGCUUGUGGGAGGAGACAAUACAAUCUUUCUUACUCAGGCGAGAAGCGUGAGCCCCUUCCAAGGGAUCAUGUAUGAUUACAUCCGAUUGGAAGGGCCCGCCGAAACUGACUCGAAUAAGAAAAAAUCUUGUAUUUUGUACUAAGUAUUUAAUAUCGCUCUGCUGGUAAGCAGAAUCUUACUACUAUCAAAGGACAUGUUCAGAGUUAAAUAUAGUGAUUGAUUCAUAUCUAGGGUUCUAUAAUUAUCAGUCA